AUGGAACAAAACAAAAGUUUCAUUACAGGCAGUUACUAUCAAGGCAUUUAUAAUACCGCUACCAACGACAUGGAUAGUUAUGGUUAUUAUACGUUUCCAGAUGGAAGUACUUAUCAAGGAUAUUUUCGAAGGGGUGUCUUUCACGGUGUUGGUGAGUACUAUCUUGCCGCUCCCUAUAAAAUGAAAUUCAAGGUAAUAUUUGAUUUCGGUCGCCUCAUAAAGAUUGAAAAAAUGGAAUUUGAAGAUGGACUACGUUUCAACUGCCAUGUUCGGAAGCAUGACAUCACUGGUAAAUGGAAAUAUUUAACUCGAAAUAAUCGCCUAUACCCCAGGGAACUACUUGAUGGUCCACAACCAAUUGCACAAAACCCUUUACUUACAGUAACAGAAGACGCAGAAAUAUUACCUGAUGACACAAUUGAUGCUGGUGAAGGAUUUUAUAAUCGCGAUACUGGUUUCAUAGUAAAUAGAAAACAACCUUUAACUUUUAAACGGUUCGUAUGUGACCGCAGAGAAGUAAAGUCGAUUCUAAAACAAUAUCGUGUAAGUGAUGAUUUGGAGUUGGUUUUACCUGACGAGGAGGACUGUGAAAAAAUACUUAGAUUAAAUAGACUGGAAUUGGCUAUAAUCAAUCCUGAAUACGAAUGCCCAUGUGAAGCCGAUAAGAAGCCGAUGAGUAGAGUUAAACACGAGGAUGAGCACUCUUGGUCCACUAUUUCGUCUUCUAGUAUUUGUGACGAAGAUGUCAGAGUUAGCGAUAUUGCACCAAAUACUAGACUUGCAAAAAAUAUACCUAUUUUUGACAGUGUAGACUUUUAUGAUGAGUCACUAAUGCGUCAGAGGCCAUAG